UGUAUUGGUUUAUCUUUUGUUUUGCAGGAGAAAAAUAAGCAGAUCAUAGUGCUGGGCUUGGAUGGAGCAGGAAAAACCAGUGUCCUCCACUCUCUAGCUUCAAACAGAGUCCAGCACAGCAUGGCACCUACCAAAGGUUUCAAUGCAGUGUGUAUCAACACGGAAGACAAACAAAUGGAGUUCCUGGAAAUUGGUGGCAGUGAACCUUUCCGUUCUUACUGGGAAACGUACCUGUCCAAGGGAUUACUGCUGAUCUUUGUGGUUGAUUCAGCAGAUCACAACCGAUUACCUGAAGCCAAAAAACACCUUCAUCAACUGAUCGGAACAAACCCGAUCCUUCCUCUGGUUGUGUUUGCAAACAAACAGGAUCUUGAAGCAGCAUAUCAUAUCACAGAUAUCCAUGAUGCUUUGGCGUUAUCUGAGGUGGGAAAUGACAGGAAGAUGUUCUUGUUUGGAACCCAAGUGACUGAGAAUGGCUCAGAGAUACCCUCCAUCAUGCAAGAUGCCAAAGACCUGAUCGCACACCUGGCUGCAGAUGUGCAGUGACCAGGACCUGGCCC